AUGAGGCCCCUGCCAGCAGCUUCCAACAUGCCUGGUCCAACCCCCAGUGGCACCAACGUGGGCUCCUCAGGGCGCUCGCCCAGCAAAGCGGUGGCCGCCCGGGCGGCGGGGUCCACCGUCCGACAGAGGAAAAAUGCCAGCUGUGGUGCAAGAAGUGCUGGCCGCACAACCUCGGCGGGCACUGGUGGGAUGUGGCGAUUCUACACUGAAGACUCACCUGGCCUCAAAGUUGGCCCUGUUCCAGUAUUGGUUAUGAGUCUUCUGUUCAUCGCUUCUGUAUUUAUGUUGCACAUUUGGGGCAAGUACACUCGUUCAUAGAUUCAGCUCCAUCCAUCUGUCUUUCAUCUGAAGAAGAAGGAAAAAA